AGUUGUUUAUUAUCAUUGAUAAACUAAAAUUGACAAAUAAGUUUGUAACUAAAGACACCCCACUGGGUUUAAACAUACCAAAUAAUGAUGGAGCAGACCCAAAGAAGAAAACAAGAAAUUGAAAAUCGGUUAUCUGAAGAGAAAAAAAGAUCUGAAAUGAUUAAAGCAAGUUUGGAAAAAGCCGACCAGUUGACCAACAGCAUGGUGACAAUACUCAACCAGUUUGAUGAAAGGUUGCAUAAGUUGGAGGAUACAAUCUUGCCUGUUCACCGAAAAACUAAAGACCUACAAAGACUUCAAGACAACAUUGAGAAGACUCUGAGUUCAUUAGAUCAUGUGAUUAGUUAUCAUCAUGUUGCUCAUGAUGUGGAACCUAUCGUGAGACAAGGUCCAUCUCGUCAAGUUGACAAGUACUUAUCAUGCAUGGAGCGACUUGUUCAAGCAGUUAAUUUCUUCUCAGAAAACAAUCCAGACAGUCCGGAAUUAAACACAGUUAACACAUUAUUUACAAAUGGAAAAGAUGGUUUAGAGAAAGAAUUCCAAGCUCAUUUAAGUCGGCACACUAAACCAAUGCCACCUCAGAAAGUCGUUGAGAUGAUUAAAGCUGAAAACAUGGAAGCUGAAUCUUACACCAAUUUGCCAGAGAAGACAAUGUCUGAUCUAUCUCAGAUGGCAGAAUGGUUGUCUGGAGCUGGCAAGUCCCAAAGUUUCGUGAAUGUUUAUUCUGACAUUCGCUCCAACAAUUUGAUCAAGACAUUGAAUGGGUUGAGUGAUCAUAUAAAAGGGAAUAAUUUAAACACGGGAAGAAAAAUUAGUGUAGCUGUUACUACACCCAAGAAACCUGGUAACCGUCGAGCAAGUAACUUCCGCAAGCCGAGCACUUUGUUGAGAAAAGAGUCGCUACAGAGUCUUAGUAGUAUGGGAGGCCUGGGCAAGUCUUCCCACGCACCCAUUGCUGAAGAGGAGAUAAUAGAAAUUGAAAUUGAGCCAUUCGUUGCCAUGGUAUCUGCAUGCGCAAAACUAUUUGUGGUAGAGCAGAGUAUGAUUCAGUCAGUUAUUCCAGAAAAGAACAGACGUCAGGUAUUUGACAGCAUCAUUACUGAAUCACUGAAAUCUGUGGAACAAGCUGGCAAUAAAAUUGUUGAAUACGCAAAGCAGUGCAUUACCAGACAUGACCAUCCUUCAAUUGUGAAUGUGUUUCCUGCUAUUAAACAUCUCAAAACAACCCUGCCCUCCUACCAAGCUGUGUUAAAGGGAGUUUCUGAGAUGAAUCGACUUCGAAUGCCGAGGUUGAUUGGUGAACUUGAAACUGUUGGAGUGAAAGUUCUUGAAGAUUUCUCUGAUUGUGUGAAGAGUGACCCAGAAAAAGAAUCCAAUAUGCCAAAGGAUGGAACGGUUCAUGAGUUAACUAGUAAUACAAUGUUGUUCAUGCAACAACUUGCAGACAAUGUUGAGAUUGUUGGUGGAAUGCUUGCCUCAAAGUUCGAGUCUCAGCAAUCUAUGGAAAAAAUACGCAGCUGUCUCGCAGAUUAUAUAAGUCAAGUUCUUGGUGCUCUAAAACUAAAUCUGGAAAACAAGUCUCGUGUUUAUGAGAAUUUAUCACUGGCUGCUGUUUUUCUUCUCAACAAUUAUCACUUCAUUAUUACAGCACUUAACAGGCAUAACUUGCUAGGCUUGGCAGAGAUAGCCACACCAGGUAUAGAGAAUUUGUACAGAGGUUUCAUUGACCAUCAGAAACAAGCUUACCUGCAGUGUUGGAACAAAUUUGAUAAUUAUCUUAAAAAUAAAAACAAAGGUGUGGAGAUACAGGCUCAGCCUGGUGGAAAGUUAAAGGACAAAGACAAAUUAAUUGUGAAGGACAAGUUCAAGACGUUUAACAACGACUUUGACGACUUGGUCAAAACUCACCAGCAGUGGGCGAUGCCAAGCUCUGAAGUUCGAAAGGAGAUCAGAAACUCAGUGAAAACAAAACUCGUCCAACCGUAUGCUGAGCUUCAUGAGAAGUACAGGAUGGUUCAGUUCACCAAAAACAUCGAGAAGUAUUUAAAGUACACACCUGAAAGUGUGGCGGAGAAUAUUGACCGAAUGUUUGGGCAGAAUGCUUCAUAAUCUUAUCCAUGAAUAACCAACACUGCAUGAUUGAUGUUGUAUUUAAAAAUUAUUGUACGAUGAUUUGAGUAUACAAGUGCAAUAAAUUAUAUGUAGGAU